AUGGAUCAGGAACCAUCUUCUAACUCACCUCCGGCCCCAACAUUCAGCAGCGGCAAGGGCAAGGGCAAGGCUCCAGCCGAUGGGCUCGACGGAAGGCCUGGAGACGCGGACAACCUUCCUUGGGUGGAGAAGUACAGACCGGCGACACUGGAUGACGUUGUUUCGCAUAAGGACAUCACUAGCACCAUCGAGAAGUUCAUCGAGCAGAAUCGGUUACCACACUUGCUGUUCUACGGCCCUCCGGGCACGGGGAAGACGAGCACUAUCCUGGCUGUUGCGCGGAAGAUUUAUGGGAAUGAGUAUCGUAAGCAGAUUUUGGAGCUGAAUGCGUCAGACGAUCGCGGCAUCGACGUGGUCAGGGAGCAGAUCAAAAACUUUGCCGAGAUGAGGACAUUGUAUAGCAAGGGGUUCAAGCUCAUUGUCCUUGACGAAGCCGAUAUGAUGACUCAGGCUGCACAGUCGGCGUUGCGACGAGUCAUUGAGCAAUACACCCGCAACGUCAGGUUCUGCAUAAUUUGCAACUACGUCAAUAAAAUCAUUCCUGCAAUUCAGUCACGAUGCACAAGGUUCAGAUUCAGCCCACUGCCACAAACAGAGAUCGAGAAGAGAAUCAAGCAGGUUGUCGAGGCCGAGCAUGUCAACCUGACAGAGGAUGGGAAGCAAGCACUGCUGAAGCUUUCCAAGGGUGAUAUGCGACGAGCACUUAACAUCCUUCAAGCUUGUCACGCAGCCUAUGACAGGACAGACGAGACUGCGAUAUACAACUGCACGGGCAAUCCCCAUCCCUCUGAUAUUGAGGCUAUUGUGACCUCGAUGAUGAAUGACGAGUUCAGCACUUCCUAUCAAAAAGUAUCACGAAUGAAGACAGACAAGGGCCUCGCUUUGCAGGACUUGAUUGCAGGGACAUAUGAGUAUCUUGAAUCUCUGGAGCUACCACCACAGACGAGAGUUUACCUGCUCGACCACCUAGCUACUACAGAGCACCGAUUGUCAACAGGAGGUAGCGAAAAGGUUCAGCUAACUGCACUGCUCGGGGCCAUCAAAAACGGUGUAGAACUUGCUGCACGAUAG